GAAGGAGUGGAAUUCUGCCCUGACCAUCUGUUCUGGAGAGCUUGGCACAGCUGUCCAGCAAAAUGAAGCCACUCACGUGCUUUCUCAUCUGGUUAUUUCUUUUGGAAACUCAAGCCUUCGAAAUACCCACAAAUGGACUUCCUGAAUUUGCAGAAUAUGAUGAUCUUGUGGAACUGGCUCCAGGAAAAUUUCAAUUUGUGCCCGAGAACCGGAGGUAUCAGAGAAGCCUUUCUGAAGAUUCUGGAGAAAAGAUGGAUGUUGAUCAAGUAACUCUCUAUAGCUAUAAAGUCCAGUCCACCAUUACUUCUCGUAUGGCCACUACCAUCAUCCAGAGCAAACUGGUGAACAACUCCCCACAGCCUCAGAAUGUUGUGUUUGAUGUUCAGAUCCCCAAAGGAGCCUUCAUCUCCAACUUCACCAUGACUGUGGAUGGCACGACAUUUACUAGUGCCAUCAAGGAGAAAACUGUGGGCCGAGCUCUCUACUCACAGGCAAGAGCAAAAGGCAAAACGGCUGGAUUGGUGAGGAGCAGAGCUCUUGAUAUGGAGAACUUCAAAACUGAAGUAAACAUCCUUCCUGGAGCAAAGGUGCAGUUUGAACUUCAUUAUCAGGAAGUGAAGUGGAGGAAGCUUGGGUCCUAUGAGCACAGACUUCAUCUGCAGCCUGGACGGCUGGCCAAACACUUCGAGGUGAAUGUAUGGAUUGUUGAACCUCAGGGAAUAAGAUUUCUACAUGUUCCAGACACAUUUGAAGGCCAUUUUGAUGGUGUUCCGGUCAUAUCCAAAGGACACCAGAAGGCACAUGUCUCCUUCAAGCCCACAGUAGCACAGCAAAGAAAGUGUUCCAACUGCUCUGAGACUGCAGUAGAUGGGGAGCUGGUGAUGAUGUAUGAUGUGAACAGAGAAGAGAAGGCUGGUGAGCUCGAGGUAUUUAAUGGCUAUUUUGUCCACUUCUUUGCUCCUGAGAACCUGGACCCAAUUCCCAAAAACAUCCUCUUUGUCAUCGAUGUCAGCGGCUCCAUGUGGGGAAUUAAGAUGAAACAAACUGUGGAAGCAAUGAAGACUAUACUGGAUGACCUACGAGCCGAAGACCAGUUCUCUGUGGUCGAUUUCAACCACAAUGUUCGAACCUGGAGAAAUGAUUUAGUUUCAGCUACUAAAACACAAAUCACAGAUGCCAAGAGAUACAUUGAGAAAAUUCAACCCAGUGGAGGCACAAACAUCAAUGAAGCCCUCCUGCGUGCAAUCUUCAUUCUGAAUGAAGCCAAUAACUUGAGGCUGUUGGAUCCCAACUCAGUCUCUCUGAUCAUUUUGGUUUCUGAUGGAGAUCCAACAGUAGGUGAACUAAAAUUGUCCAAAAUUCAGAAAAAUGUGAAACAGAACAUACAAGACAACAUCUCCUUGUUCAGCUUGGGGAUAGGAUUUGAUGUUGACUAUGAUUUUUUGAAGAGACUGUCCAGUGAAAACCAUGGAAUUGCUCAAAGGAUUUAUGGAAACCAGGACACAUCCUCCCAACUCAAGAAAUUCUACAACCAGGUUUCUACUCCACUGCUCCGGAAUGUUCAAUUCAACUACCCCCAUACGUCAGUAACAGAUGUCACUCAAAACAGUUUCUACAACUACUUUGGAGGUUCAGAGAUUGUUGUGGCAGGAAAAUUUGAGCCAAGUAAAUUGGAGCAACUACAGAGCGUUAUCACCGCGACUGCGGCUAGCACCGACUUGGUCCUGGAAACCCUCGCCCAGAUGGACGAUUUGGAGGACUUCCUGUCAAAAGAUAAGCAUGCAGACCCUGACUUCACCAGGAAACUGUGGGCCUAUCUCACAAUCAACCAACUGCUAGUAGAGAGAAGCUUGGCUCCUACAGCUGCUGCCAAAAGGAAAAUUACAAAAACAAUCCUGCAGAUGUCUCUGGAACAUCACAUUGUGACCCCGCUCACUGCAAUGGUGAUAGAGAACGAUGCUGGGGAUGAACGCAUGCUGGCUGACUCCCCUCCACAGGACCACUCGUGCUGCUCAGGUGCUCUGUAUUAUGGCAGCAGAGUCGCUCCAGGUUCCAUCCCAUCUUGGGCCAAUGCCUCCCCAACGCCAGCGAUGGCCUUACCUGUGGUAGGAGCCAAGCCACUUGAGUCAACGCCCCCUCCACACGUGAUAAGAGUUGAAAAUGACCCACAUUUCAUCAUCUACCUGCCAAAAAGCCAAAAGAAUGUUUGCUUCAAUAUUGACUCAGAACCUGGAAAAAUCCUGAGUCUGGUUUCUGAUCCAGAAUUAGGGAUUUCGGUCAAUGGUCAGCUUGUUGGUGCCAAGAAGCCUGAGAAUGGAAAGCUAAGCACCUAUUUUGGAAAACUGGGAUUUUAUUUGCAACAUGAAGACAUGAAAGUAGAAAUAAGCACUGAGACCAUCACCCUGAGCCAUGGUUCUCGCUCAUCUCAGUUGUCCUGGGCAGACACAGCUCGCAUUGCUAACCAGAGGGUGCUGGUCUCUGUGAAGAAAGAAAAAACUGUGACACUCACCUUGGGUAAAGAGAUGUCCUUUUCCAUUCUGCUACAUCGUGUUUGGAAGAAGCAUCCAGUCAAUGUAGACUUUCUGGGGAUCUACAUUCCCCCCACAAACAAGUUUUCACCCAACGCACAUGGACUACUGGGCCAAUUCAUGCAGGAGCCAAAGAUACACAUCUUCAAUGAGAGACCAGGAAAGGACGCUGAGAAGCCCGAGGCAAGCAUGGAAGUGAAGGGACAGAAGCUGACUGUCACCAGGGGCUUACAGAAAGACUACAGAACAGACACAGUGUUCGGGACCGAUGUUCCCUGCUGGUUUGUGCACAACAGUGGAAAAGGUUUCAUCGAUGGACAUUACAAAGAUUACUUUGUGCCUCAGCUCUAUAGCUUCCUCAAACGGCCUUAA